GCCGGGAGUUGUAGUCCAGGUGGGGGCAAGAUGGCGGAGCGCGCGGCGCGGCUGCAGGAGGAGGCGCUGCACAGGAGGGAGCGUCUACUGGCACUGAGGGAGCGCCGGUUCCAGAACAAAGGCAAAGAUGAAGCAGAGCCAGAAACUAAGCAUCUCAGAGAAGAAGAAGAAGAAGAUGAGAAAGAAAUCAAACACAGAGAAUUAAAGCUUCGCAACUAUGUGCCGGAGGCUAAAGAACUGAAAGAUCGACUUGUGCCCAAUGCUAAACCGGCCUCAGUGGAGGAGAAGGUGCGGGAGCAGCAGGAAGCAGGGAAGCCUGUCCCUGUCAUUGAAGAAGUGGACUUGGUGAACCUUGCUCCCCGGAAGCCUGACUGGGAUUUGAAAAGGGAUGUGGCGAAGAAACUAGAAAAGCUGGAGAAGAGAACGCAGAGGGCCAUCGCAGAACUGAUCCGGGAGAAACUAAAGGACAAUGAGGAGGACCUGGCGUCUGCCGUUGGAGCGGUGAAGCAGGAGGAUUAUGACUCUGAGUGAAGCAGGGUUGUUUCUGGCCUGAAGAAGGGUCUCGACCAAAAAUGUUAACUAUUCCUUCUCUAUGAGAUGCUGCCUGACCUGCUGAGUAACUCCAGCUUUUUGUGCCUGUCUUCAGUUUAAACCAGCAUCUGCAGUUCCUUCCGACACGGUUGGUUUAAAUGUCUGUGUGUCUGUCUGUGCAUGCAGUGUGUGUGUGUGUGUGCAUCUGUGUGUGCCUGUCCAUCUGUGUGAGCUUGUGUGCGUGCGUGUGUGGCUAUCUGUGUGUGUGUGUGGAUGUCUGUCUGUGUUUGGCGGAUGUGGCCAUAUGUGUGUGUUCGUGCAUGUAUGGCUAUCUGUGUGUGUGGCUAUUUGGGUGUGUGUGCGGCUGUGUGUGUAUGUGUGCAUGUAUGUGCGUGUGUAUCUGAGUGUGUAUGUGGCUAUCUGUAUGUGUGUGUUUGUCUGAGUGCCCGUGUGCACCAGUGUGUGUGUGUGUGUGUCUGUCCCCCUUUGUGCGUGCGUGUGCGGCUGUGUGUGUGUGUGUGUGUGUGCGCGUAUGUGGCUAUCUCUAUGUGUGCGUUUGUCUGAGUGUCUAUGCACCAGUGUGUGUGUGUGUGUGUCUGCCUGCCUGUCUGUGUGUGUGUGUUUGUCUGUGAGUGCACCUGAGAGAGCUAGUCAUGUUGUGAUUACCUGUUUCCAUCAGUCAGGUAGAAACAAGGAACUACAGAUGCUGGUUUAUACUAAACGACUCCGGCAGCAUCACCGGAGAACAGGGAUAGAUGACAUUAAUUGUCGGGACCUUUCUUCAGACACCAGACUGAAGAAGCGUGCCGAGACGUCACCAAUCCAUGUUCUGCAGGGAUGCUGCCCGACCUGCCGAGUUACUCCAGCGUUUUGUGUCCUGUUAGGUUAUUAAUAAGCAGAUUCCUCUUUUGUUUAAUCCCCAAGUUUUGUGGGGUUUUGACAGUCUUUGUACGAAUGCUAGUACUGAUUUACAAUAAAAGAACAAACAAAAUCCA